AUGGGAAGAUUGAAGAGGCUUUACAAGCUGUUUCGCGAAAUGUCAAGCAAAGGAUGUAAACCUGACAUUUAUACAUUCAAUUCUUUAAUAAAUGGAUUGUGCAAGAAUGAGAAAAUGGACCAGGCCUUGAAACGGUGGGUCCAACCAGAGGUGAAGUAA